AUGGCCAUCAGAAAACAAACAAUAUGGGACCCAAAGAAGGAUUGUUAUGCUGGUUUUGUGGACUAUGGCCAGGGAGGACCGAUCCUUGAUGAUCCGGAGACGUUAGCUUCGGAAGCCCACGUUUUCCUGCUGGUUGGGGCUAGAAGCCAUUGGAAAUGUCCAAUUGGCAACUUCCUUACUGAUAAGAUCUCAUCUACACACCAGGCACAAUUGAUAAACAUGGCACUCGAAAUGGCAGCUGAGGCAGGGUUAAAGGUAUGGUCUAUAACGGCAGAUGGAACGUCAGUCAACCUAAGCACUUUCCGGCAACUAGGCUGUCAAUUCGGCACAACGUAUGACACCAUUGUUCCAAAAUUUAAACACUCCACCACAGGAGAAGAUGUGUUUAUUAUUGCGUAUCCAUGCCAUAUGCUGAAACUUGCUAGAAAUGCAUUGGCACAAUUAUUGAUAGCAAAGGGGAAAAAAAUACAGUGGGAGCAUUUUCAGCAACUGUACAUCCUUCAAGAACAGAAGGGAUUGAAGAUGGGCAACAAGUGA